AUGGCGUUGGUGAAUGCUCUUGUUGGAGCUGCUCUGCGUAGGGAGCGUGUUUUUCGCGACAGAUCCAAUCCUUAUGAACUGUACGAUGACAGAGAUAUGUUCAGAAAAUACCGAUUCACCAGAGAUGGUGUAAGCUUCAUCAUAGAUUAUAUCGGAGAUGAAUUGAAACACACUACUCAAAGGAGUAAUGCACUGACCCCAGCACUGCAAAUUUUUGUAGCACUGCGGUUCUACGCCAUGGGAUCUGUGCUGGAUAGUUCAGCCACUAUCCACGGGUGCAUUAAUCAAUAUCUAUAUAAAUAUGUACAUAUAUUAUUUCAUUUGUUAACACAAUAUAUCGGAUACUUGGUUAAAACAACAAAGCAAGUUCUUAUUCCUUGCAGGCAAGCUCCAUUAGCCUUAAUCUCAAAUGAAGAGAGUCUUAAUAUUCAAACAAUUCUUUUUUUAUCAAUCAUUUUUCUACAGUUCAUUAAAUUUCCCUGCACACAAGAAGAAGUGCGUAAUACCCAAAGACGUUUCUUCCUUCUGGCAAGCUUUCCCAACGUGGUUGGGGCUAUUGACGGUACUCAUGUUCGGAUCAAUGGAGUCCCCCUAGGAGCAGCCGAACAUCUCUAUGUAAACAGAAUGGGCUUCUACAGUAUAAAUGUCCAACUAACAUGCAAUGCCCGGUAUGAGAUAACGAGCAUUUCUGCUCGAUGGCCUGGAUCUACUCACGAUAGCAGGAUUUGCAGGACCAGCGUAAUUGCCCAGGCCUUCAGAGAAGGUGCACUAAAUGGAUUGUUGCUGGGGGACUCUGGCUACGGCCUCCAAUCGUGGCUAAUGACACCGGUACCACUGCCAAGAACACGAGGAGAGAGAAGAUAUAAUCAAGCUCACAGUUGCACCAGAGCUGUGAUAGAACAAGUCAACGGACAAUUGAAGUCUAAAUUCCGUUGCCUGAUUGGUGGAGGGCUCAACUUGAUUCCUGAACGAGCGAGCGAUGUUAUAACGGCAUGUGCCUGCCUUCAUAACAUAAGCAAGCAGAUGAAGCAGCCAGAGGUUGAACAGGAGAGGGUUGACGACGACGCUGAUGAUGAAGCCAAUGACCUCAAUGAAGAGGGGGAUGCCAUGACAGGAAAACAAGUUAGAGAUGACAUCAUUCGUAUUUUUUUGCAUAAAUCCACUGUCAGUUUGUCAUCCUUUAAAUUUACUUGUACCAAACUUUAUCUGACGUCGGUUUUAAUACCAAACUUUUGAAGGAAAAGUACCAAACUUUUGAAGAAAAAGUCCUUUACUAUUGUCUGGUUGCUAUAAAAUUCCUAAUCAUCAAUUGUAAGUUUUCAU